AUGAGCGUCCAGUUCUCCUCCACGUUAGAGGCGUCCAUCUCCCCACACACCACGCUGCCCUCUCUGCCUCACGAAUGGUUGACGCUUGGACAGUCAGCAGCAUCAGCAGGGCAAAGACAUGGACUCACCCCUUCCCCCAUGUGGCCUCGCAACGAAUGCAUGAGCGUUCAGUUCUCCACGUUCGGGGCGUCCAUCUCCCCAAACACCAUGCUCCCCCGCCCCUCCGCCUCACACAUGUUCUCCACGUUCGGAGCGUCCAUCUCCCCAAACACCAUGCUCCCCCGCCUCUCCGCCUCGCAAAUGUUCUCCACGUUCGGGGCGUCCAUCUCCCCAAACACCACGCUCCCCCGCCCCUCCGCCUCACACGUGUUCUCCACGUUCGGAGCGUCCAUCUCCCCAAACACCACGCUCCCCCGCCUCUCCGCCUCGCACAUGUUCUCCACGUUCGGAGCGUCCAUCUCCCCAAACACCACGCUCCCCCGCCUCUCCGCCUCGCAAAUGUUCUCCACGUUCGGAGCGUCCAUCUCCCCAAACACCACGCUCCCCCGCCUCUCCGCCUCGCAAAUGUUCUCCACGUUCGGAGCGUCCAUCUCCCCAAACACCACGCUCCCCCGCCUCUCCGCCUCGCAAAUGUUCUCCACGUUCGGAGCGUCCAUCUCCCCAAACACCACGCUCCCCCGCCUCUCCGCCUCGCAAAUGUUCUCCACGCUAGGAGCGUCCAUCUCCCCAAACACCACGCUCCCCCGCCCCUCCCUCCUGCCGUACACAUGCACUGUCUGA